AUGCUGAACUUCGGUUGCUAUCGCUCGAUGAACAAAGACUUCGGCAACACCAGCACACAGAUCGAUGACCCUUGCGAUGACCUCUUUGAUGAAUGGCUGAACCAAGACCCGACCACUAUCAGCGAUACGGCAGAUGGAUCAGACGACUUUUACGAUUUCGAUUUUGCGUUUGAUGAGGAGACGGUCUCGAGUGGAAGCUAUUCUACUGGAAGCAAGACCACCAGCCUGCCUUCUUCCCAACGACUACCUGCAGCUGAUCUCCGUUUUUCACCUCCUCAGCUGACUCCACCCUUGCGAAGCCGCCCUCCUCUCAUCCGAUGCGAGGCGCCGACGGUGAGAAGUGCAAUCUCCAGCAGCGAACUUCUGAAACUGGAAGGGAAACUGUCCCACAAAAAUCGCCAAACGAAGGCUCCACUAAUACCAUCUUCGUCCCCUUCAGCUGUUCCAACGCUCGGAGGAACGCUACGGAGGAAAGCAAAGUUCUGCGCUCCCGCACAAGAACCACAGCGUGGCAGGUCGCAGAAAGUCUUCAAAACUCCUUCAAGCGAGAUGAUGCGUCCUUCCUAUCACUAUCGGCAAGACACGCCGGCGUAUCAUGAAUGGACACGGCGGUUCGAGCAGAUCAGUCUUCAGACGCCGAACAAUACCCCUCAAUUGUCACCUCCACGGAGUAGAGGUAGCUUUCGAGACCAUAGACCCGGCGAUAUUGUGACUUCGAGUCGUAAGUCCACACAACAGCAUCCGAAAGAUGCUAUGAGGGUUUCUGAUGUGAAGUCAGAGGCACCCAAAGAGAAAUCUACCACUCCGCAGACAUCUUUUUAUCAUCCUCUCCCGAACGCUCAUGCCCUUCAAGGCCAAGUGAGCGAUGCUGAAAUGAACUCCAUGCCCUCGACAAGCGGCGACGUCGAAGCUGAAGGCAAAGAACAGGGAAGCGAACGCACGCAUGUGCGACAAUUACGCCACCCAUCAUCAUGGAAUUAUCUGCCGCUAUCUCCUCUUGACCUCGGUUUCUCAGCGGCGUCGCCAAACCAUGUUCAGCCCAGCUGGUUGCACAGGCUUCCAGAAAAUGUCAAUAUAGACUCCUACCAACACAACGCCAGUGCCACGCAGUCAACGCCAGGAAUCGCACAGCCGUCGUCAGACUACAUGCGCCAAGACUUCCUGAUCCAAUACGAACCCUAUGGUCAGUUCGUCAACGAAGACCCGUCGACUGGCUACUCGAUCGUGUCGUCCAACCCGCUACAGUCGCCAGGCGCAGAGGAGAUACCCAUUGCGCUCUACGGACACGAUGACCCCGAUCUAGUUGGGAUGGCUCGCCCUCCAUCCUCCCCAGCUACGCUCCCUAUCAGUCUCCCCACCGCUCCACUCUCCCACCAAAUCUCGCGGCCGGUCAAAAAUGCGCAGCCACAAAAAGACCAAAUCCGUGGGCCAACUGAAGCAACCGAAAUCGUCCAGCACGCUCAAAUCAGCCAAAUCCUUCGGCAACAUCAAGUCUCCAAAAUCGACCGGCUCCAGCUUCGGCAACUUUGUCAACUUCACGGCGCAUGA